GGGCAUUUGGCACAUUACCUUGGCUUAUUCGACCCACCAUGGCCAGUAAAACAAACAAUGCCACUGCAGUCCGCAAGGAGGCUUAUGAAGGACUGGUCAAUCUAGAAGGUAUCGAUCCCGGCCUUCUCGAGUCGAAGCCACUUCAUGAAGUUCAGCUCGAUGCUUUGGUUGUCCUCAAGAUCUUGAAGCACUGUCGAGAAUACGCUCCUGUGACCGCCACUGGACAGCUUCUGGGAAUAGACGUUACUGGAACGCUUGAAGUUACCAACUGCUUCCCCUUCACAUCAAAGUCACAUGAAGACGAGGGGCAAGAUGAGAUGGACGGGGCCGAGUACCAACUGCAAAUGUUGAGAUGUUUGCGCAAACUCAACUAUGAUGCGAACACUGUUGGAUGGUACCAAUCGACAUACCUGGGCUCUUUCUGGAACCAGUCCUUGAUUGAGACCCAGUACAAUUACCAGAAGACGUUCGCUCAGAGUGUUGUCAUUGUGUAUGAUCCUACUCGCACCACUCAGGGGAAUCUCUGCUUGCGCGCCCUCCGACUGUGUGACGGGUUCAUGGAGUUGUACCAGAACCGCAAGUUCACAAUGGAAAGCCUCAUUCACAACAAGCUCACUCCCACAUCGAUUUUCCAGUCGCUCCCUAUCAAGAUUCGCAAUUCGCAUCUUCUCACUGCCCUCCUCCACGAGCUCGACGAACAGAUAUCCUUCCCGCCGUCUCUCGAAAACUCCCUAAGCUUGCCUUCCUCCACCUACACUCCCCGCAUCCCAACGAACAUAUCUCCGUUCUCCCCUAAUUUGGAUAAACUUGAGCUGGGUCUGGAAAGUUAUUUGGAAAAGCAUUUGGAAUACCUUGGAGAAACUGUUGAGGAGCAUGGACAGGAACAAUGGAGGUGGCAAGGCUGGCAGCGAAACCUGCAGAAAGAACAGCAGCGGUUGCAACAGACUAUCAGCAAGCGGAGGUUGGAGAACUCCUCGCGUGCGGCGCAAGGUCUCCCGCCAGCGUACACGGAAGAGGACCUUCAACCCACAAGUCAGACCUUGACAAAGAUACUAGCGAACGAGCCUAGCCGCUUGGAGAGCUUGAUCAUUACCAACCAGAUUGAUACGUAUUGUAAACAAGUAACUCAAUUCGCUGGACCAGGAUUGACAAAGAUGUUCAUGACCAAAGGUGUAAGGGUGGAGGGAAAGGAAUAGCUAGGUUACUACAGCCAUGUAAAGUUGGACUGUCUGUCUAGCACAAACGUAGGCCAACAUGUUUGACGACUUUAUCUAGAGAAGUUUUGUACAAAAUAGCGUAUAUGCUCCUUCACUUGCAAGGCACGUGAUGUACAUCUUGAUAAACCACUUGAAGUGUUGAUGUUUUUCGCCAGUG